AUGGCUAUGUUCAAGUCUCAUAUGCUUUAUCUGCCCUUGCUAUUCAGUGGUUUGUCGUAUUCGCUUCCAACCACAUCGACAUCGACAACCGCGAUUGAAGCACGUCAGCUCAGCCUUGGGACAUUAUUCGGCCCCAUCACCCUUCCCUCGGUCCAGAUCUCCAAUAUCAGCUUGACACUGUUCAACUUUGGAGACGAAGUUUUCGAUAUCUCCUCAAUUAGCAUCUUCGGGGAUAUCAAUGACGGCGGAGCGUGCAGCGAGGCAGCAGAUGCGCCUGCCGAGCCUACAACUCGUCCAGGUCAAACGGUUAUUCUGGGACCAGCAAACGUCCCUUUGACGAUUAGCUUCACAAAUGUCCAGGCCACUUUGUUCAAUUUCCAAGAUGAAGUUUUCGACAUCAGCUCUAUCUCUGUCUUCGGAGACGUCAAUGAUGGAAGUUGUCCGUCUACAUCUUGA